AUGCAAACACCUGCCCCACCACCCGCAUACUCCGCUUUCCCUCCUGCCUGCGCCCCACGCUCCCUCUUCGAGUCGCUUCCCUCACAUCUCCUCCUCCGCAUCCUCAGCGACCUCUCCCUCUCCGACCUCAUCUUUGCGCUCCGACCUGCCUCCCGAACGCUCUUCUUGCAUGCGACGAGUCUCGCGCGCGAGCAGGCGUAUGGGAUUUGGGUUGAGGAGGUACAGCGGAUGGCGUCGAGCAGGAGAGGGGCGCCGCCUCCUUCGACCGAUCCGCUCGGGCGGGCAGAGGAGUGCGCUGGUCACGCAGAGGACGUCGAGACAGCGCCACCCUCGUACAACCCAGACCCGGGACAAAGCGGGACGGACACCCUCCUCUCCUCGCGCACUCGCGAACUCGCCGUCUUCGACCUCUUCAUCGUCGCCCUCGCCCGUUCAAGCUACAAACUCUCAGCGUCUACUCUGCUCUUUACGAACGAAGACGAUGCGCUACGGAUACCGAGCGAUGUGAGGCAGGAUCUGUUCGGGAUGAUGCAGCCGCGAGCGAGGGUCGAGGAUUUGCUCAUCCAGCUGGGCAGGAGGAGAGGGUGGAUUGUACAGGCAAGCGCAGGAGCGCAGUCGGAUAAAACGAGCGAGGCGGCACGGCUGAGCGGGAUCGUGGCGGACGACUUGCGCGUCGACCUCAAGCUGCGAGAAGUCCGCAUGCUUCUGCCUUGUCGUGGCAGCGGGCGGGGUCUCGUCUGGCGACCAGUCUUCGGCACCAACAGGUCGGAGGGAGACACGCUCGAGACGCUGGCGCGAUGUCUUGCGCUUGGGAUGCAGGGUGUGCGGGUGACGAGACACGAGGAUGCGACGAAGUUGAGGUGGUACCAGUGGCAGUAG